AUGCCUAUUCUUCUUCUUCUUCUUCUUGUAUUCUCAUGUUCAACAAUUAUUAAUUGCCAAUCCAUUAAUGAUGAUAUUGCUAUGAUUCGUCAACGUGUAUUAGAAAUGGUAAUUUGGCCAACAAUGAAUACUAUAUCAAAUAUAGUACAUGCUGCAAUUUUUUACAAUGAAAAAAUGAAUAAUUCAUGUUAUUGGGAAGAUAUUAAUUAUGCCGAUAGAACUUUAGCUAUUUGGGCCACAGAAGAACAUUUAACACGAGUUAAUAUUAUGAUACAAGCAUUAACAUUUCCAAAUUCUAGUGUAAAAAAUGAUCCAAAAUUAGCAAUCGGUGCUCAUUGUGCUCUCAAUGUAUGGUUAAUACGUGAUUGGUUAAAUCCAAAUUGGUGGUUUAAUCAAAUAGGUAUUCCACUUUUGGUUACUAGUCAAUUAUUAAUGUUAGGUGAUAAUGCAACAAAUUUUGAAAUUCAAAAAAUUACUGAAAUAUCAUUUCGUUCUAAUUGGUGGGAACAUGAUCCUGGAACAGGAGCAAAUCUUAUUUGGAUGAUUCAAAUUGAAUUAUAUCGAUCAUUAGCAACAAAUAAUAGAACUGGUCUUGAACAAGGUUUUACACGUAUGUGGCAAGAUAUUGUUGUUUUACCAUUAGGUGGACAAGGUAUACAAAGUGAUUGGUCAUAUCAUUUUCAUGGAACACAAUUAUUAUCAGGUGCUUAUGGACAAGAUUGGACUUUAGCUAUGUUUAUAUUCAUUUUAUGUAGUAGAAAUACUCAAUAUGAAUUAAAUCAACAACAAAUAAUAAUAUUUACUCAUUUUUUAAUACAAGGUGAUGCUUGGAUGAUAAUAAACAAUAGAUGGGAUUGGCAAGUUUUAGGUAGAUCGAUUGAUAGAGCAGGUACUUCUUUACAAGUUGAAUUUCAAUCAAAUUGGAUUAGAUCAUUAGCACAAUUAGUAGAAUUAGAUUAUCUUAAAAUAGAUUUAUUAAGUUUUGCUGAUCGUCUUGAUUGUAAAUUAAAUGCUACUUCAUUAAUUGGAAAUAAACAUUUUUAUACAUCUGAUUAUCAAGUUCAUCGUCGUGUUAAUUGGACAACUGCUAUUAAAAUGCAAUCAAUUCGAACUCAACCUACUGAAUGUAUUAAUUAUGAAAAUCAAAAGGGUGAAAAUCUUGGUCAAGGUGUAUUAAAUAUCUAUACUACAAAUGCAUCUGAUUAUAGAGAAAUAUUUCCUUUAUUAGAUUGGAAAUCAAUCAAUGGUAUUACUGUAGAACAUGAUAUUCCAAUUGAACCUUGUACACGUGGUAUUUUCGAUUGGAUAAAAUUAAAUUUUGUCGGUGGUGUUAGUGAUGAUAGUUACGGUUUAUCUAUGAUGGAUACAGCAACUCAUAAUCUUACUGUAAAGAGAUCAUGGCAUUUUUAUGAUGAUGCAGUUAUUGCAUUAGCAAGUAAUUUAACACUUAAUACAAAAAAUACAGCAUGGACAACACUCGUUAGUCGUUUAUUAUCAAAAGGUAAUGUUACUAUUGGUUUUUUUAAUGAUAAUAUUAUUUCACUUUCUGAUGGAAUUAAUUAUUCAUUUCCUUAUACGACCAAUAAAUCAGAUAAUGUUCAAUGGAUACAUAUUGGUGAAAGUAACAUUGGCUAUCUUUUACAAACACAAGAAUUCUAUUCAACAUUAGGAGCAGAAAAUGAUACAAUAACUAGACGAACAGUAACUGUAUGGUUAGAUCAUGGAUUAGGACCGUAUACUUGUAAUUAUAGUUAUAUUAUUUUACCUAAUAUCAAUGUUGAAUUUAUGCCUGAAUUAAUUAAACGUUAUAAUAAUGAUCAUGUAUUUUCUUGUAUAUCAAAUAAUGAGUUUUUUCAUGGAAUGGCAUGGUCAACUAUGCAACGUGCAUCAUUUGUAUUAUGGAAUAAUGUUACAACAAUAUUUUCAUGUCAAAAUUCAUUUUUCAAAAUAAAUAUACGAGUAAAUGAUGCUGGUGCUUAUUUAUUUAAUGAAACUGCUACUGAUUUUUCAAUUACAGUUUCUCAUCCAACUCGUAUUAACGGUACUGUUACAAUAAAUAUUGAUAGAAUCGGAUAUGGACAAGGAUGUAUUGUAGUAUCAGAUAGUACUACUAAUGUUGCAAUAGCUUUACCGUCAUCAUAUCAAUUUUUGGGUGCAUCGGUAACAGUUACAUGCAAGAAGAAACAAAUACGGUGUCGUCAUAAAUAA